GCAUACUCGGUGUAAUUUUUCCUCCUUCUUUUUAAUACUCAUGUCUGCAAUGGAUAAAAAUUCAGUGAGUUUGCACUAGUUUUCCUAUCGAUUUCGGAAAGUCGAAAGCACUUUCAAACAUAAAAUACAUUUAUUAUGCAUCGGGAAAUAUUCUUCAUGCAAUUUUCAAUUUCUUAUGUGUACAUGUAAUGCGAAACGAAGUCAACAGUUUAACUUUCAACUGUGACAAUAGUUUUACUUAUGGAAGACGCCAUUGACAGCCUAACCUUUUUUUUUGGCAAAUGACAAAUGACCGAUUAGUUUAGAUAUAAACAAGGUUACUGUAUAACAAAAAUAUGCCUUCGAAAAAGAAAAAGUAUAAUGCUAGAUUUCCAGCCGGAAGAAUAAAAAAAAUUAUGCAGACAGAUGAAGAAGUUGGAAAAGUAGCACAAGCAGUACCAGUCAUAAUCUCUAGAACCUUGGAACUUUUUGUCGAAUCACUUCUGACAAAAUCCAUGCAAAUUACUCAGGCCCGAAAUGCAAAAACUUUGACUCCGUCCCAUAUGAAACAGUGUAUUCUAUCAGAAAGCCGUUUUGAUUUUCUGAAAGAUUUGGUUAAAAAUAUUCCGGACGCUAGUAUUCAGGAAGAUAAUGAAAAUAAUGCUAUUUCUGAAGAAAACUUGGAUACUAACAAAACUGAAGAUUCCAUUAAAAUGGAGGAAUCAGACGACUCCGAAAAGUCCAAUACUGAAGAAGAAUUAACGAGAAAUUCAACAAAGAAUGAGAAGUCCCUCCAGAUGGAAGCAAAUGAUUAUAGUCGACAAAGCACUUCCACGAGUAGAACACCUGUUAUUCAAUAUGGCCCUAAAAUAGUAGAAGCUGAAGCAACAAGGCUGAAUUUUUCAGUCAAUAGAUUGUUGGGUCAGGAAGACAAACCGAAGUUACACAUAACUAUUGCAUCAGAAAAUUCCCCUGUGCCCCAGCUUGUUCCAGCAAAUAGAUCAGUUAGCAGUUUACCAACUAGGGUAGCCCCUAGCAGUAACGUGCCCCCCCUUAUACCUUUCUCACAAUUCAGUCCGAACACCUCUGAAAAUUUGUGUAUUGAUGAGGAUUAUGAUAACUGAAGAAAUCUUUGAACAGUUUCCAGUCCAUCACGGUUUUGUCAUCAGUUCCAGUCAUUCAUGUACAGUUAGCUAUAUGAUUUCAAAUAAAUAUUUAGACAAGUAAUUUUAAGAAUACCAGAAAAGAUUUCCUUCUUUGAGGAAUUUUCUUUUUGUAUGAGAGUUUUUGAAAAUAAUUUGCUUUUUAUUUUUAUCACGAUUCUCCAAAAAUUGAUUGUUAUUAAACUAUAUAAAAAUGAAUGGGUGUAUAUAUGACUAGUAUUGAAUAUUUUUGAGGAUUUAUAUCUACAGUUAAUGAUGAAGAGUUAGUCAAAUAUCUUUUUUUUUUAAUGAAAAUCUAAUUUGUCAUCCUUCUUAACUUGUAAUGAAAAAAUUGAAAAAUAUAUUUUGAUAGCACUGAGA